AUGCGGAAGCAGCCGUCUGAUUGGCACUGUUCAGGACCUGUGGGUGUGGGAGCUACACCUGUAGUCCUGACUGCCAUGGGCUUCACGGGGACAGGAAUAGCAGCAGCAUCCAUAGCAGCCAAGAUGAUGUCAGCAGCAGCCAUCGCCAAUGGGGGUGGAGUUGCAGCAGGAAGCAUGGUGGCCGCACUGCAGUCAGUGGGUGUCGUUGGACUCUCCACAUCAACCAACAUCAUACUGGGUACUGUUGGGGCAGCUGCUGCACUCUUGAUAUGAACUUAGGAGAUAACACCUCUACCAGUAGACCCCAAAGACUAUAUGGAGUUUCUAUGAGACAGUGUACCCCAAGAUGAUCUUCAAAAUCUUUCACUGACAUCAGAGGAAAAAAAUGAAAA